GCUGAAAGAGAGUGCGAGGAGCAGAGAACGAGAGAGGUGUGUUAGUGUAGACGGUGUAGAGUCAGAGUGCAGGCUGGGUCAUUGUUAGCGUUAGCAGGCUGCAGUCAGUUUUGGAGUGUUUUAGUGUUAGUGUGCGUUAAUGAGUGUUAGUAUGUUUUAGUGUUAGUGUGUGUUAGUGAGUUUUGCUGUUGGUACAGUUUUAAUGACUGUACUGUGCUGUGUUGUAGUGGCUGGGUGAGUUAGUGUUGCAGUGUAAGUGUGUGUUAUAGUGUUACUGAGUGUCACAGUGUAGGUGGCUUAGUGUGUGUUGCAGUGUGUUGUAGUGUCAGUGUGUUGUAGUGUUGGUGAUGAAGCCGCUCAGACAGAGUUGUGUGGAUGGUUCCACUUUGAUUCUCUGUCUGAUUGUUCCGCUGAGCUGCUGCUUUAAUGUGGACUCUCGAUUCGCUGUGCUCAAACACUCCGACUCUCCCGGCAGCCUGUUUGGCCUCUCAGUGGCACUACACCAGCAGACCAUCAGUCAGAACAGAUACCUGAUGCUUGUGGGAGCGCCAAAGGAGAGGGCGGAGCCAAAACUUCAAGCCAAUCGGACAGGAGAUAUGUUUGCUUGUCCAAUCAACACAAACCCCAAAGACUGUCAAAGAGCAAAUUUAAUCAGCUCAGACCCUCCGGACAGUGACGGGAUUGUAGAUGGAAUGUGGCUGGGUGUUUCAGUGGUCAGUCAGCCUCAACCUGGUGGACGAGUUAUGGCAUGUGGUCAUCGCUAUAAGAGGACAAUGGAUGGUGGGAACACUCUGCGCAUGAUUGGGAAGUGCUAUGUUCGGGGAAAUGACCUGACCUUUGACCCCAAUAAAGAUUAUGACUGGCAGUACAAGGAUGAAGUGUGUAAUCCCUUUGGAGACCAGUCUCAGGAGGGUCUCUGUUUGAUGGGCAUCUCAGCGGCCAUCACUCAGACUGACAGCAUUGUAGGAGCGCCGGGUUGCUACAACUGGCAAGGAAAUUCCUUUGUUAUUUACAGAAAUCCAACUACAUCCUACAGCAAUCAGAAGAUGAAGUUUCCCGACAUGAAUAGAGGAAAUAUUUACAUCGGCUACUCGGUGGCGAAGGACUCAGGUGUGCUGAACAGCACAGAGGACACAGUGGUGUCUGGCGCUCCGAGAGAUGACUCUAAAGGGUCAGUGAUUUUGGCCAGAGUGGUUCAGAGAGCCGGCACUGAGUCGGAUCUAGAGACCCAGCAGAUUCUGAAGGGACAACAAGUCGGCUCGUACUUCGGAAACAGCAUCGCUAUAGUGGACCUCAACAACGAUGGGUGGAAGGAGCUGAUCGUGGGAGCUCCGUUUUACUUUGACCGGAAGAAGGAGGAGGGCGGAGCUGUCUACGUCUUUAUGAAUGAGAACGGCUCCUUCCAGCUGAAAACUGAUAGGAAGCUGACCGGACCGAAGCAGUCAGGGUUUGGCAUGGCUGUGGCUGCAGUCGGAGACGUUAAUCAGGACGGCUUUCAAGAUUUUGCAGUCGGCGCUCCGUAUUACGGCUCGGGCAGGGUGUACAUAUGGCUGGGCAGCAAAUCCGGCCCCUCCAACCAACACAGUCAGGUGAUUGAGGGGAAGGACAUCACUAAUGGCGGGUUUAAGACGUUUGGUUACUCCAUCAGUGGAGGAUUAGAUGUUGAUGAUAAUAAAUAUCCUGACAUGGUCGUGGGGUCGCUGGACGAUAAAGUGGCAUUACUCAGAGCUCGUCCUGUGAUCCACCUGCAGAAAACCUUCACAGUGACACCGCAGAUUGUGAAUUCAGAUGACUGCGACUCCUGUAUUGAGGUGAAGGUGUGUUUUUCCUACACAGUCAGUACCGGAGAUCAAAACCUCAAAAAAGACAUCAAGGUUGCAUUUACGGUGGAUGCUGAUCUGCUCCAGCGCUCCACGCGCAGCCGAGUCCAGUUCCUUGACACCAACAAGGACACCUACACCGGAUCCCUGUCCAUGCCAUCCUGUCAGACACUAAAGCUCAGGCUGAUGAAUCCGAUCCGGAACAAGGUGGCGCCGCUCGUGUUCUCGCUAAACAUUUCUCUCUUCGAGCCUCAGCCAGACUCUCAGCAGCAGCUGCAGAAUCUGGAUGCUUUCCCUGUCAUCAGCCAGGGGGAGGCGCUGACAGACAGAGCAGAAAUUCACUUUAAGAAAGAAUGUGGACCCGACAACAAGUGUGAGAGUAACUUACAGAUGACCGCCACGUUUGCCAGUGGUCAGCAGGAGCUCCUCCCAGCUCAGGGUGAUCAUCAGGUGCUGCUGUUCAACUCUGAAGUGAAAAAGGUCACUGUGCUGGUGAAUGUCUCCAACGUUCCGUCUGCGGGGAGAUUAGCGGAGGACGCUUACAACACCAUCCUGAACAUCACCAUCCCACCUUCACUGCAGUACUCGGCCGUCAGAACCGAGAGUGCUGCUGUACAGUGUAGUCUAGAAGGUAUUGCUGUGUUAUGUGAGCUGGGAGAUCCCUUCAGGAGUAAUCAGAGGAAGGAGUUUGGGAUCAUCUUUGAGACACCAGGAAUCAGUCUGGAUACUCGAGAGAUUGAAGUGAUCCUGCAGCUCUCAACAUUCAGCAUUCAGAACGAUCUAAAGCCUCUCACCAAAGUGCUGAUGGUGGAAUACACACUGCAGACUUUAUUAAAUGUCCAGCCUACAGACCUGCGGGUUGAGUUCAGUGGGGAGGUGGUGGGGGAGUCAGCAAUGAAGAGCACCUCAGACAUCGGCAGCCCUGUCGAGUUUAACUUUGCAGUGAACAUGGAAGGGAAGCCGCUGGGCUCACUGGGUUUCCUUCAGGUUGUCUUCGAUUGGCCCUCUCAGGUGGAGAAUGAGAAGUGGCUGCUGUAUUUGGUGGAGAUCCAAAUGUCAGGAACUUCAGAGUCUGUCUGCAGUCCGAAAGGAGACAUCAUAAACCCCCUACACUACACCGUUUCUGAGCGUAACUCCGUUCGCAGGAAGAGAGAUGAAAGCUCUGUUAUUGUCCAUCCAGAACCUCAAGCCUCUCUGAACCUGCAGAGUGCCCGCAGGAGGAACGUCCAGCUGAGCUGCGGGUCAGGAGCGAAGUGCCAGACGUUCAGCUGCCCGCUAAACAACAUGACAAACCCUGCCAAGCUCAGAGUCCGAGCACGACUGUGGAACAGCACCAUGCUGGAGGAUUACAAAGAUUCAGAAACACGGAUCACAGGUCAGGCCACGCUGCAGCUGAUCACUGAUAAACCCGCCAUCAGGAUGGACAACACAUCAGUGACGUUCACUGUGAUCGUGACCCCUGCAGGCCAGACGGAGGUGCUGUAUGAAGUUCCUCUGUGGAUCAUCAUCGUGUCAGUGCUGGCCGGAGUCGUCCUGCUGGGACUCAUCAUCCUCCUGCUGUGGAAAUGUGGGUUCUUCAGACGGGCUGUUUACUUCAGGAGAAUGUCGAAAUAUCACGGCGUGCGGGUUUGUAAAGAGGAGCGUUACAGCCUCAGUCAGGGCUUCCUCAUCCAGCAACACAACAAGAAGCACUGGAUCACCAACUGGACCGAAACUCAACAAAACUACUGACCACUCGGUACCGGAUCAGCUCAGUCCAACGUCAGCUGCAGCGUCCCCAGAGUUCACAGUCAUCCUUAAUUAAAUAUUCAUCAAUUAAAGGGUUUAAUUACAAUGUGGAGCAGAAAUGCUCACCAUCAGCCCAACUCUGAUUUAACGUCAACUCAAAUAUAGAAACUGACUGAUUGUGUAGCAGCAGCUUGACUCCAAACAAGACAGACCACCACAGCAGGAAUCUGUGAAUUUUCAUAGAACAGGAGCUUGUCUGAUUUAGGAAAGUGGCAGAAUUACAUUCCUUGGAUACGUUUAUUAUAGUUUACAUGGUCACAUGAGGUUUGAUUGGUUGAAAGUUGCUCCACAAAUCUGCAUAAAGAAGUUAAACUCUUCCACAAUUUUUGUGCUACAGGUACGAAGUUAAUCUGCUGAUUAUGAUUAUUAAAUUUCACUGCAGUGUUUAUGCUAAUUGAGUCUACUAAUACUAACGUUAACUGGCUAAAGCUUCGGACAUGCUAUGUUUAGCUGUUUAAUGUUACCGUUUUUAGUUAGCAUUAGCUGUCCAUCACAUUAGCAAAGCAGAAAACAGUUCAGCUAGGUAAUGCUAUGGUUAUUAGCUAACAAUGACUCUAGGUUACAUUAAGAGGAUUAAACACUGUGUUUAGCUUGUGAAUGUUACCAUUAUGAGCUAACAUUAGCAUUAUUAGAUAACAUUGUCUUUCCAUUACAAUAACAGGACAUAAUACUGUGUUCAGCUAGCUAAUGCUAGAAUUAAAAGUUGUCCAUCAGUUUAACCAGACAGAACACGGUGUUUAGUUGGCUAGCAUUAACAUUAUUAACUGACAUUAGCUAGCUAACAUUGCAAGAGCUGGUUUAUGAGGAGCCUGGCUGCUUCCUAUUUCCCCCGUUAUAUCAAAACCAGUCCUCAAUGAAUGGGAGUGAAUGGCUCAGUGGCUAAAAACAAAAAGUUGCAAUUUUUUCUAAUCACUCAACCAGAGCAACUGUUUAGAAAGUAAAAGGAUGUAUUUCACAAAAAAA